UGCAUUUUAUUAAUUCUAUCGCAGUCUUAAAAAGCAGCAUUAAGCGUUUAUAUUUAUAUCCAAAAAAUAAUACAAGAAAAAUGUUUAAAUUCAAUAAACUUUUUGUGGUAAUUUUAAUUGCAGCGAUAGCCAUCGUCACUUCCAAAACUAAUGCUAUCGAGUUAACCGAUGUUGAAAAGAGUGUUAAAGACACAAGACCAGCUGAGGCUGCUGUCUUAACACAGCUGAAAGUAAUACAAUCUAAAUCUGAUAAUGCCAUUUACAACUAUAAAUGUACUGUUGGUACUAACCUAUCAAAUCGAUUGAUUUGUACUGCUUCUGAUAACAAUUCUUGGAACUCUGCACAAAAUGUUGAAUUAAAAUUACGCUGUCCCAAAAAUGGCAGUGGUCCGACAGUGUCUUAUGUUGAAAUCAAUUUUUCGGUAUCAUCUCCAAGUGUAAAUUGUUAUGUUCAUGAGGGAGCUAUUGGUUUGGGUUACAUUGGUGUAACCGUUAAUGCUUGGAGUACUUUGAUAUUUAAUUAUUUGGCAAAUUUUUAUACCUACCAAUCGGUUUAGGAUUUUAAUAUGGAAAAUAAGGCAAUUCGAUUUUUUAACAUCUUUUUUCAAUUGUUGAUAUGGUGAACGAUUUGUGAUGAUUGCACACAAUUCUCAGAAUUGCAUUAAAUAUAUAUUAUUACUAUUAUUAAAAAUCCUUAAUAUAUUUUAAAAUUGAUUAACUAAGAUUUUUAUGUCCUAAUUAGGAUUCUUAAAAAUAAUAAAAAUUUUCAAUAAUU